GAUAAUUUGAGGUAAAAAGGUUUAAAGUUGAAUUCCCUGGAUUCAUACUGCGCCGACAUGUGAACUAACGAGAACAGCGAACAAAAUUGUAAAAAAGAAGACGGAGAGCCUCAACAAGAUCAUCUAGUGCUAAACGAAAUCGCAAUUACAGCUCGAUAUUGAUCCAGAAUAGCCAAGGAAGCCAGCAAUAAUGCAGUGCAAAGAGUGUGGCGAAGAAAAGCUCCUGAAUGAAUAUCCAAGGGAAAAACUUACAAAAAACUGCAAGCACCCUUACCAUCAUUGCUUUGAGUGUGUCAUUAAAGAGUUGAAGAGGACACAAAAGUGCCCAAAAUGCUGUGCAGUUGUCCACGAUUCUGAGGAGAAGAUAAAGCUUUAUGAAGCCCACCUAAAGCGUUUGUUCAAGCCCUAUGAGAGAGCCAGACCUGUUGCUACUGGCGAGCAUUUCAUUCAUGUUAGACGCCUGGACGGUGAAGAGAAGACAUUCUCAUUCAAACCUGAGAUGACCAUCAAAGAACUGAAAGAAAAAAUCAAAGCCUACUGGAAAUAUUCAACAGGGAAGCAGUGCCUCAAGUACAACAAGAGGGAAUUAGAGGCGUAUGAUCAUGGACGAUACAGAACAUUUGAAGAUUUUAGUGUACCAGGAGGCAGCACAAUACAUCUGAUCAUCAGACUUCUCAGUGUCCCAGACAACAUUGACCAUGCUGUCUUUGAGCUCCACUGGCAUUAUCCCAAAACAUCGAAGAACUUAUUCAUUGAUGCCUCUUGCUUUGUGUACAAAGGCUCCGAGUUGUUCGAAGUUGUUGAUUUUGAGAAUGAAGAAGGUAAAAUUUGUGGUGGAAGUGUUAAGCAUUCUGGUGAUGACAUGGAUCGUAUAAAUCAUAUUGGUCGCCACUGUAUUGAAGUGAAACUGAAACAGCUCCCAAAAGAUGUAACUCACUUAUAUUUCUUGCUAAGCACAUGGAAUGCCUCCAACAUGAAAGAUAAUUUCGAUGCUCUGUCACUGAAUUUCUUUGAAAUAAGUGACAUAUUCACCCCCCUCUGCAACACAGUUUUACAACAAGAAAAACUGCACAUGAAAGCAGUGAUCGUCUGCUAUGCCAAUCGUGGUGAGAACUGCUGGUUCAUUGACGAGGUCAAGAUACCAUGUGACGGUAAUGUUGAUGCCUAUGAACCUAUGAAAAAAGCAGUCGAAGAUAUGAUUGCAAAGCUUUGAAUACUUUUCUGCAGUUGGUGAUUGAUACUUCCCAGUUCAAAUUAAGGUAUCAAAUCUAUAAGACUAUGAGUUCUAUAUUGUCAUAUAAACAACUCUUGUCCAUGUAGUAUCCCAGUUACAUAAUUUUGCUGUAAUAUAUGCCUACACCUGAAAUGUCAACAGAUACAGUUACUCAUAAUGGGAACCAGUAUUGGAUUUAGUUUUAAAAAACAGCAAAAUAUAAGUCAACUUUCAGAAUAUUUCAAUCUUAAUCAAUAGAGUAAGACUUGGGUAUUUCAGACUGCCAUAAACUGGAUAACCGCAUAAUAGACUGGUCUUACACGUCCAGGUUCCAAGACAGGUGGUAAUGUGUAUAAUGGAUGCUGGUCCAGGCAAGUCCAAUAUUAUAUGCAGGUUUUACUGUAUUUCAAAUCUUAAAUUAACUUUGAAAGAUCUUUGAUGGUACAACUGAUUUGUCGGAAGUCUUCUCAACCAUUAAAUUACCCAGAAUAAAGAAUAUGUGUCAGGGUGAAUUCGUGCCGUCCACAAACAUUUAAUCCAGACAUAUUUUGAACAAGGCCACUGGGGCAGUUCGGUAAUUAGUCCAGAAAAACAGUCAGAUUAACUUGAUGGAUCAUGUAAUGUUCAAUAACAUAUAAAGCGUAUAGUGGAAGAUUUGGGUCAUUGAUGUCGGAAUAGUGGUUGGAGAUGACAGUUAUACAUUUUUAUGUGACAACUUUUAUCUAUUGCAAUAUUUGAUCAAUCAAAGCAAAUUUUGAUCAUUAUUUGAAUUUGAUGAUA